AUGAGUCAUGUACUUGAAGGAAAGGUGGCGCUGGUCAGCGGCGCGAACUCUGGGAUCGGUGAGGCGGCGGCGCUGGCGCUCGCGGAAGCUGGAGCGUCGGUGGUGCUCGGGGCUCGCCGAGAGGACAAGGGUGAAGCGGUCGCGCAGCGGAUCCGUGAGCUUGGUGGCAAGGCGGUGUUUCUCAAGACCGAUGUAUCGGUCCCGGCUCAGAACCAGGCGCUGGUUGAUCUCGCGGUUUCAGAGUUUGGUGGGCUGGACAUUGCGUUCAACAACGCGGGAACGGACGGAGAGCCCGGACCGAUCAGCGAUGAGGACGAGGGGAACUUUGAUCGCGUCAUCGGGACGAAUGUCAAGGGCGUGUGGUCGGCGAUGCGGGCGCAGAUCCCGGCGCUUCGGGCGCGUGGUGGUGGAUCGAUCAUCAACACCUCUUCGAUCCUGGGAUCACGCGGGGUCGCGAACUUUGCGACCUACUCGGCGUCGAAGUUCGCGGUCGAGGGGCUGACCAAGUCGGUCGCGCUCGAGGUCGCGAAGGAGAGCAUCCGCGUGAACGCUGUGGCGCCGGGACCGAUCCGCACACCGAUGCUCGAGCACGCGUCGGGCGGGAACACGGAGGUGUUCAACGGCAUUGUCGCGCAGGGGCGUCCCGGCACGGUCGAUGAGAUCGCGCCGGCGGUGGUGUUCCUCGCAUCUGAGCAGGCGAGUUAUAUCACGGGCCACUCGCUGCCGAUCGGUGGCGGGGCGAAGGCGGGGUUUGUGACUGGUUGA